AUCAGUAUUUAAGACGCGUCUUAGUCACUACGUUCUGCACUCACUUAUUGUAUUUGCAAAGUACUUUUUUAAGGCCUUGAGAAAUAAAUAAAUACCAGAGCAAAUUGGUACUUAACAGUAAAGUAAUAAGGUUCCUAGUUUAUUGUCACACAUGUGUACGUUACGGUUACGUUUUUCUAGACCGGUUGCGAUGAUAAUUUUAAGUUAAUCGUUUUUCUGAAUCCUGCUUCCUGAUCGGUCGUCAGUGUCGUAAAAAUAUAAUAAAAAAACUAAUAAAAUUAGUGCCAGUGUUUCCGAAAUGAUUUUGUUUUUAGUAUCUGUUGUUUUAGUGUUAGUUUUACUAGUGUCAUGGAUUAGUUUAGUUAGGGAGAGUCGCCGGUUCAACCUUAAUGGGCCGAUGCCCUUACCUAUUAUAGGCAAUGCUCACAUGUUUAUCGCUAAAUCUACAGAGUUCUUGAACGUAAUUACACGCUAUUCGGAGAAGUAUGGAAAAGUGUUCCGAGUGCAUUUCCUAUCGGUUCCUACUGUGAUCGUCUGUGAUGCGAAAUUCGCUCAGGAGAUAGUAUCGAGUCAGGAGCAUAUCAGCAAAGGUGGACCCUACCAACUCUUGGAAUGUUGGCUUGGCAAAGGUCUGCUCACUGCUACAGGUCAAAGAUGGAAGAGUCACCGCAGGUUCCUGACUCCCGCGUUCCACUUCAACAUCCUGCAGAACUUCCUCCCCGUGUUCUGCAAGAACCAGCGCGUCCUUACUGAGAAGCUGCGAGAACUUGCUGAUGGCCGCCCAGUUGAUAUGUUCCCUAUUUUUGCUUUGGCGGCCCUUGAUAAUGUCACAGAAUCCAUCAUGGGCACCAGUGUCGAUGCUCAAGGACACGAACGCGAGUCUGCUUAUGUGAAGUCUAUUGAAGUAAUGUCUACAACAGUAGCCAUGAGAAUACAGAUUCCAAUUUUCGGUCCGGACGUCGUCUUUAAUUUAACGCCUUACAAGAGCAAUCAAACGAAAGCGUUGAAGGUAUUACAUGAACACAGUAGAAGAGUCAUUGAAGAGAGAAGGCAGGAGUUGAAGAAGGCUAAUAUAACCAGUCUUAAUGCUAGUAACGAUGUUGGAAUAAGGAACAAGCAUGCGUUCUUGGAUUUGUUGCUGCUUGGUGAUAUUGAUGGCCAAAAGAUUGAUGACGAAAGCGUGAGAGAAGAGGUCGACACAUUCAUGUUUGAGGGUCACGACACAACGACUUCUGGUCUAUCAUACGCACUCUACUGUCUCUCUAAGCGUAGAUAUGUUCAGGACAAGAUAUAUGAAGAGCUGCAGACUAUAUUCGGUGAUGAUAUGGAAAGAGACCCAACAUACCAGGAACUUGGCCAAAUGAAAUACUUGGAGCUGGUCCUCAAGGAGUCGAUGCGACUGUACCCACCUGUGCCUUUCAUUGAGCGAUGUAUAACAAAAGACUGUGAGAUCGGAGGCAUAAAAAUGGUCAAAGGCACAUCAGUUUUUCUAAAUAUCUUCCAAAUUCAACGUCAACCAGACAUGUUUGAAGAUCCUUUGGAGUUCCGACCCGAAAGAUUCGAAGAGGCUCUAAAGAAUCCUUUCAGUUUUCUGGCAUUCAGCGCUGGUCCUAGGAAUUGCAUUGGUCAAAAAUUUGCGAUGAUGGAGCUCAAGGUCACUAUCUCGGAGAUUGUCAAGCACUUCUACAUAUUACCUGUUGAUGAAACACCUCAGUUAAGUUCUGAUCUUGUUUUGAGAUCGAAGAAUGGAAUCAACGUGAGGUUUAUGCCAAGAAAAUGAAUUGUUUGCGAAAAAUUUAUAAAUAUUUUGUAAAGUAUAUUGUUAAGUUCUAUGUAAGCCAUGAUAUGAGUUAAUUAUGUAUAUCAAACUUAGUUUUGUUUGUGAAAUAAAAUUAUGUAAAGAA